UGAAGUUGCGUAGCUGUACUAUGCUGUGAUUCAAUGUUGUAAUCAAGCUUUCGUUUAUCACUGAGUAACAUUUUCUGUUCCUUCUAACAACAUUUCCUGUUUUGUGAAGAAAAGGAAUUUCCAGUAAAGGGAAGUGAUUCUGCCUCCUGAGGAUCUGGAGGCGUCGUCAGGCAGGAGUGUGUCUUCAGCUGAGCAAGUCUGUUCACAGUGUUUUUAUCUGCACUGACGGCCACACUGCAAGCUGAUCCAAAAUGAGCCAGUCCACGAAUGAGUCAGCACCUGAGAUUGAAACGUGGUCCAAAGAGGACAUCCACCACUGGCUAAUGACAGAGGUCAAAGUUCCUCAGAGUUGCGCAGACAUAUUCAUUAAGGAGGAAGUGUCUGGAGAAGAACUCGUUGACUAUGAGAAGCAAAAUAUUUUAGACUUAGGAAUAAAACAUGGCCCUGCUGUCAAAAUCACAUCCUAUCUAAAAAGUCUUAAAGAAGGAACACAACAUAAGUCACAGUUCCCAGCUGAUGUGGAAAACUGGACAAAGGAGCAAGUGACCCAGUGGUUACUGCAGCACGUGAAGGUCGAUGACAAAAAGGCAGAGAGGUUCCAAGAGGAGGAUGUGUCCGGAGAUUGCCUUGUUUGUUUCAGCGAGCAGGAUUUUGUGGAUAUGGAGCUGAAAAAGGGUCCCGCUGGCAAGAUCAUGAAACAGCUACUUCGACUAAAAAAUGAGGAGUCGGCGCUGCAGCCCGUCAGUCGCCCCUUCAGAUGGUCCCUUAGGGACAAAAAUAAGCAAGAAAGCACGAAGCCAAAGCCGUCGUCACGGGCGACAAAGAGUAAAGAAACUACGGAGAAUCCUGCCCCGCUGAUCAGAAACACCCUGGAUGAACUUUCUACAGAGGAUCGCAAGUCUUUUAAUUUCACGCUACAGCUUUACACUGCCUCGAAGUGUAAACCCAUUCCUAAGGGCAAACUGGAAGGUAAGGACAGCAUGGACAUCGCCACAUUAGUGACCAACCACUACGGACAUGAGGAGGCUUUACGUAUCACACGAGAUAUUCUUCAAACCAUACAUCAGUGUGAACUCGCUUCUAAACUGGUCAGAUACACAGAUCAAGAGAAGCUCCGUUGCACAUCUUGUGAUGAUGAGGAGGACACAGAGGACUCAGAGAAGUCAGACUCAUCGUCUCGUUCCAGACGUAAACCCAAGAAAGGAAAAGAACAAAAUCGUUUCCGUUUCCAGAUGAAUAUGAAAAUAGACAUGCCAUGCUGUAAAUGACCGUAUUUAAAGUGGCAGCUGGACAUUAAAAGAGGCUCAAAUUUCUUCUUAGUGGAUGACAAUGACAAAGGACAUUGAUUUGAACUUGUCGUCAGACUUGUGAUGUUCUUGAGCACCAAAAGCUCUCAGGAGUCUCUCCCACUGCUGUCCACAUGGUGGCUGGAUUUCACCAUUUUGUUGUUUCCUAAAUGAAAAGAAAGAAGAAGAUGACAGUAGGUUUUUUCCAGAUGGUUUGGGAUCUUUCCAAAUAGUCUUGAAAAUGCUGAUGUAAUGUGAACUAAACUAAUGUAAGUAAAUGCUGUCAGGUCGCCUGAUUAAAGUCUGACUACUUUUGUUUAAAUCCUUUUAAUUACAUUUGAGGCACUUAUUACAUAACGCACGCUGUACUGUCUUCUUCUCUUUCUUUCUGUUUUUAUCUUUUCAGUUUCUGUGUUAUCUAAUUGUGUAUAGAUGCAGUUAACAUCUCAACAAAACCAAAAAAUACCAAAAACAAAAAGCCACAACGUCUCAAGCAUUAACAGGGUGCUUACACUGCACUCAUAGUUGCACUGUGUAUCAGAGGAAGUUAGGCUGUUACGGCAUCAGGAGGAAACAUGGACAAAGGAAGUGGCUUUUAAAAUGUUCGUAUUUUAUGUUACAUAGAGCCACAUCUUCCCUAUAUCAUAAAGCUGAUACUGUAUGAUCUUCAUAUCACCAUGUUUUAGUUUAAUGGUUGCUUUGUGGGAUUUAGGUUGGACUCAUAUGUCAUAGCAUGUAAAGCAGUAUGUGUGUCUGCAUGUGUGUGUGAUGUACUGUGGUUAUACUCACUUAUGGUGACAUGAGCCAAACCCCUACAUGGUCAGAUACUGUCAAACAGCAAACUGCGUUUUAAAUAUAUUAAAAAAUUGUCCGUCGUCUCAUCAUGAACUGGGCUUAAAAGGAUAUAAAAAGAGACAAUUUUUCUUUCAGAGGCCUGCAGGGUCCCUUGUCUCUCUGAACCAUAUUUUCCUGCUUUGUCUCAGUCAGGAAACGGAUUAUCAUAUAGAAACUUUUAGCUUCCUCUGUGAAACUCAUAGCCACUGAAAGUUAACUGUGAGUGGUUUCUGUAAAGCAGGCCUAAGCAUGAAUAGCGGAAGACCCAGAGACAUUUGCACUCCCAAGGUCCCCGACUCUAUUGCAGGGCCGUGAACAGGGAGCCAAAGAGAUUCAUGUCAGCUGGUUUAUAGACUGCUCUCCUUUGAAAAAUAAAGAGAUCCAAAUUAAGGUGAUACAUUUUAACAAAUCCAAAUUUAAAAUCAGCUCUGCCUAAUUCAAGGGCUUAUAAAAGCUAUCCAGACCAGUUCAUCCGUUUUUAUACUGUUUCUGUCAUUUUUACAAUCUUGGAUUUUAAUGAUUUUUCUUUGUUUUAAAUAGUUUUACCUUUUCCCACAUUAUUUGAAUCUGAAAGAAAAGCCUGUACUGAGGGAAUUAGGAGUAACAACUUGAGACAUUUUUCUCUGAACCUUUAUUUCUGGUGAGAAGACCACAAACACCAGAGAAAGGGGUUUUGUCUUCAUAAGCUCACUGUAGGGCCCCCAAGGGAUAAGCUGCAGUGCAUCUCACACCACGCCAGCACACAGAUGUAGACCAGCACACCUCAUAGUGCAUAGGGACCCUUCCCCGGGCCUUCCAGGAGAAGAGAUAGGUGGACCUUUAUAGCUGUUAUGUUCUGUAGGCUAGGAGCGAAUAAGAUAGAAUUAUAAUUAUUACUAAAAUGCACUAUUUUAGCUAACGGGUGAAAUCAAAUUAAUGACCAAAUUAAGAGGUGUAAACAAAACUUUUUGAACAAAGUUGAUCAAUUUGAGAUCUAAAUGAUUUAAAACUUUCCUGAAGGGUUAUCUAAGAUGGAGGCAUUUUUUGACAGGCUAUUGCGUGUAAAGGGCGUCCCGUGGAUACCUUUGUUUUUCUUGCAUGCCUCCACAGAAAAUGGCAAACAUAUUGAUUUAUUGAUUGAUUGGGGGUCCCCGUUUAACAACAGCAAAACUAUAUAAAAAUAUCUGUUUCCAGAAUCUUGUGAAACAAACUCAUGCAAUAUAACCCAGGUCUUGUAUAUCAUGUCAUGUGCUCUGUACUUCCCAAACACGUGAAGAUUAACUAGAACCCUAUUUUUCAAAACUAAAAGUGAAACUUAUCCAUGCUCUCUUCAAAGUCAGACCAAAGAGUUAUGUCAAUCAUUUAUAUAGUCGAUGCCUUUGGCAUAUUCAAGAUGAUUAUUGGGUCAUUUUUUGCCAUCAAGGUAGGCUAUUAAUGUAUUAUCAUCACAAGAAGUAGGCCUAAUAGUAGUAGCAGUGGUAGAAUGUAAUUAUUAAACUAAUGUCAUGUAAUGGCAUGUAACUGACACAGUGACAUAGACAGAGACCAGGAUUGAGCGCUCUCCUUAAUGUGUUUAAGAAAGAGAGAGAAACAGACUGAAAGGAAAAUAAGGUUGAACAUGGACAGACAUAUCAGCCUGGUUUGGCAACCUCACUCAGCGUACAACUGAAGGCCCAAAUUACCAGGCUUAUCCAGAGAACCAUGAAGAUCAUGGGAGUCAGGCAGCAUGCCAUGCUCCAGUCUAUCUUUCAGCAGACCAUAAUCAGGCAGGCGCAGAAAAUUAUUUCAGACCCCACCCAUGUCCUCCAUCAUGAGUACCAACUUCUCCCCCCAGGCAGAUGCUUUAGAGUUCCCCAGUGCAGGCUAAACCGCUUUAAGAACUCUUUUGUCCCCCUGUCCAUUAAAGCCUUAAAUGGGAAGCUAACUGUAGCUUAACUAUACGUGUAUGUAUUGGUAUACAUGUAUAU